AUGGCAUUUACGAUUGCCGGAAAACCAGUUGGUCGGAUCGGCGUCGGGAUGAUGAGUUUGACGUAUCCGGGGAAGUGUCCGUCUACCGAAGAUGCCAUCGCCAUUCUCAAAGCAGCACUCGAAAAGGGAGCCAAUUUCUGGAACGCGGGCGAGCAUUACGGGACCGUAGAUUACAACUCGCUCCAUCUGUUGCGCGCAUACUUCGAGAAGCAUCCCGAAGACCGGGAGAAAGUGGUCGUGUGUGUCAAAUCAUGCUUCCACGUCGGGACGCGCCGUCCAGCAGUCGAUGCGAAGAGCGUCAGAGAAUCUAUCGAGCGCUGCCUCCAGGUUCUCAACGGCAGCUGUCGCAUCGACGUGUUCCAGCCAGGACGUUUGGAUCCUAACAUCCCCAUCGAGGAGACCGUCAAGGCCGUUGCGGAUUACGUUCAAGCCGGCAGCAUUGGAUCCCUCGGCCUAGGCGAGUGCAGUGCAGCAUCAAUUCGCCGCGCUUCCGAAAUCACUCCGGUUGCACUCGCAGAAAUCGAGAUCAGUCUCUUCGAGAGGAGCAGCUUCCGCAACGGCGUGGCAGAGGCUUGCAAAGAGCUCAACGUGCCAAUCGUGGCUUUCAGCCCGCUGAGCAAAGGCCUCUUGACCGGUACGUAUAGGCAUCACGACGACAUUCCGGAAGGGGAUAUCAGGAAGAAGUUCUUCCCUCGCUUUGGGAGAGAAGCUUUCGAGCAGAAUUCAAAAGUUGUCGAUGAGGUUGAGAAGGUGGCGAGGCGCAAGGGCUGCACAAUCAGCCAGGUCGGGCUUGCGUGGGUCGCGGCGCAGGGCGAGAGGAUCAGCACGCCGGUCAUGCCCAUCCCGAGUGUGUCUUCGAUAGCACGAGUGGACGAGAACAUGGCGGACAUCCGCCUGACCCGGGCUGAACUGCAGGAGAUAGAGGAGGUGCUCGGCGCCAUCGAAAUCAAGGGUGGCCGGGCACCGGCGGGGAUGGAGCAAUACACGGAAGUCUGA